AUGCGCUUCCAAAUCCUCCCCCUUACCCUUACCCUCCUCGCCAGUGCCACAACCACCCUCGCCUGCUACCAAACCUCCCGGUGCUCCGCCCCGAACGGCCCAGACAUCGCCGUUCAAUCCAACGGGCACAACGACCCCGAGCACAACCAAGCGCAAUUCACCGUCGCCUUCAAAGACGGGAAGUAUGGGCCAGACACGUUUGCUGGCAUGGUGAACCAUCUACGGUGUGAUGUGGUUGUUAAGAUUAAGAGCCCCGCGGCGAACGAUGCGUUGCAGUGCUGGAUUGUGCCGCCGGGGGAGCAGUGGAAGGAGAAGGUAUCGAGAGAGUAG